AUGCGUUUGAGGUUGGUGCUCGAACAACACGAGGUUCUAUCGGUGUUGAGCGACGCGGUGCCGUCGGAUGCCGUGGGAUUGGCGGAAUUUAACAAAAAUGAUGUAAAAGCCAGGAAUGUCAUCGUGCAGUGCUUAUCUGACAGCAUUUUGACCAUGAUUAAAGACAAAAAGACAGCCAGGGAAAUAAUAGACACACUAAAUGCCACUUACGAAAAAAAAAGAUCAUACAAAGAUGUGUUAAUAAGACAGCCUGGUAUCAACACAGAAAAGCAAGAAUCCACAGAUGAAGAGAGUCAACAAGAAAAAGAUAGAACGGAAACGAAGCAGCGUGUAAAACGAAAUAAGAAGAUUAGGAAACGAAAUAAGAAUAAUACGAAAACAGGAAGCAGUGGUGAAGAGAAGAAAGAAAGUAAUACAAGUAUGACCAUGGAUGAGUGUGAUGAUGAAAACAAAGGCAAUGAGAAGAACAAAUUCGAGAGAAAAAAAGCAUUAACAAAAGCAGAAGUAGAAAAUGUUGAAAUUUUGAAUCAUUGA